AAAAACACAAUACUAAAUUACUAAUCACGUCAUUGUGUGUCGUGAAGUGUUGUUUCCAUAAAAAAUCGAGGCCCAGUGUUACUGGAUAAAAUAAUUACACAGUUUGGUAAUGGGUAAAAAACCUCAAAAUUCCUCCCCAUCACAAAUCUAAAAUGACAAAAACCUUGCGAACUGUAGCAGAGGAGACCGUUUCUCCACACAAAUCGAGAUAGCUAGUAUGCACCCUUUCAACUCUGUAUUGUCUACCUUGUUGGAUCCUCAGUUUUACAUGAAAAGCAGCUGCUUUAAGACUCCAUAGCCAUAAGCGAAGAAUUCAAAGAUCCCACCCAAUACGGCAAUACUCCAUCUUGGGGAUUUUCUUGCUGAAACUCUUCAGUCUCAGCUAAUGAGUAUCCUGGGCUUUGUUCCUAUCUGACCCAGGAUCUGAUUAGCCUGAAAACCCUCAAUCCCUUGCUAGCCCAUAUAGGAUUUCGUAUUUUCUACUCGCUGGGGUAUUCAAGAUCAUCGCCAAUCAAAAGUUACUCUUGAUUAGGUUUUUUCUUUAAGAGAUCAAAGAAAUCGCAAUUGUGAAUUGGGUUUCUGGGUUCUCGUGAAGAUAUGAAUUUUAGGAGUUUGGAAGAGUUCUGGACAUUCUAUAUGAGUCAACACUCAAAACCAUCGACAAGACGUUGGCACUUUGCGGGCACUGUUACAAGUAUUAUAAUGUUGCUGUUCUCGUUGCUCUUUAAUUGGCGGUUUAUCAUCUUUGUGCCUUUGUUUGGAUAUGGUUUUGCUUGCUACAGCCAUUUCUUUGUGGAAGGGAAUGUUCCUGCCUCUUUUGGGCAUCCUUUUUCGUCUCUUUUGUGUGAUUUCAGGAUGUUUGGGUUAAUGCUAACAGGCCAAAUGGAUAGAGAGAUCAAGAGGCUUGGGAAAAGGCCUGUGUUGCAGGUUUUCUAAUCAUGAUGUAAGCAGGUUCUGCUUCCUCCGUAAUCAAAUUUGCAUCUCUAAUAGGGAAUUGCGGAUGCCUUAUGUACUCACAACUUAUUUGUGCUACCCAGCUAUAACAUUUUUAUUUAGUUUGAUUCUUCGAGUAAAAUAAACUGACGGGUUUCUGGAUUUGAUGUUUAUAUCCCUAUUGUUGCAUUACAAUUGAUUCAGUGUUAAUAUUUAUUUGUUUGGUUGGGUAUGGUUUCGUGGGAAGUUGGUUAUGAGUUAACUUGUAGUUUCUGGUUCGUCCAGAGUAUCAGACAUGGCUGUUUGAUUUGUUUUCAGUGUUUCCAUUGAAUUGCAAUGAAAAAUUUUCCUUUCUUGGUUA